GUCAUUUUGUCAACAAUGAGCGUAUUUCCAACAUGGCGCCGACGAAGAAGCGUGUUAAACAGGAGAAAUUCGACGUUGGUAUUUCUGUGAAAAACCUGUUUGACUUUGGAAAAGCGGUCAUACUUGACCCUGCCAAAACAUGGAUUGUGGCAAUAUUACUUUGUAUAGCCGAGUUGGCGGUUAACUUAGUGGUAAUAUGGAAAAUAAAAUAUACUGAAAUUGACUGGGAAGCUUAUAUGCAAGAGGUGGAAGGUUUUUUAAAUGGUACCUAUGAUUACAUGAAACUUGAGGGCGCAACAGGACCGUUGGUCUAUCCAGCUGGGUUUGUAUACAUCUUCAGUGGUCUUUACCAUAUCACUGAACAAGGGAAAAAUAUAAGAAUUGCUCAAUAUUUAUUUCUUGCACUUUAUCUAUUGACUUUGGUCGUCGUUUUUGCCAUUUACCAAAAAGCAUUAAAAGUACCGCCGUAUGCCUUCUUUUUCAUGUGCUGUGCGUCCUACAGAAUACAUUCCAUUUAUGUUCUCCGGCUUUUUAACGAUCCUGUAGCAAUGUUUUUCUUAUAUUUUGCUACAUAUUUGUUUAUUGAACAGCGCUGGAAUUGGGGAUGCCUAUUUUUUAGCAUUGCGGUCAGUGUAAAAAUGAACAUUCUGUUGUUUGCUCCUGGACUGUUGUUCUUGCUACUUGAAUCUCAUGGUCUUCUGGGAACUCUUCCAAAACUUACAAUAUGUGCUGCGACGCAAUUAUUCCUGGCGACUCCAUUCCUCAUUACGAACCCUUUCGGCUACGUUGCAAGAUCUUUUAACCUGGGCAGGCAAUUUUUCUUUAAGUGGACGGUCAACUGGAGAUUCCUACCUGAAUGGAUGUUCCAUAGUCGCUAUUUACAUGUUUUUCUUCUACUACUCCAUAUUGGAUUUCUUUGUAUUUUCUUCUUUUAUAAAUGGAAAGGGUCUCGUGAAAAAAUUGCAGCCUACUUCCAAGUAAACUAUAAAUGUAAAAAAAUCAGUACAAAUGAUAUUCUAGUUUUGUUAUUCACCUCAAAUUUUAUCGGAAUAAGUUUCUGCAGAUCGCUUCAUUAUCAGUUUUAUGUUUGGUAUUUUCAUACUUUGCCAUUUUUAUUGUGGGAUACAAAACUCCAAACUCCAAUCAGAAUCCUAAUACUUGGUGUUAUUGAAUUAUGCUGGAAUACGUACCCGUCGACUAAUCUUAGUUCUAUAUCUCUCCAUGUGUGCCACUUGGUUUUGUUGAUAUCACUCUUAUUAUACGGAAAGAAAGACGUAUCAGAGAGCGCGAAGAAAACUGGCUGAAGUCAGUGAAUUAUUGUUAUCAGGAUAUAUAGCAACAUAUGCAAGCACUAUUUUGUCACAAUCAUUGUGUUCUAUUUUGGUUCAAACAAUGACGCAGCCAGGAUUUCCGUUUCAGCUUGGGAACAGAUCAACUUCUUGGGGAAACAAAAAUUCUAGUCCGAGUGUUUUGGGAAUCACUUUUGUGAAACUAAAGAAAAACUAAAACGAAAUUCGUCUGCAAAUUUCUCGUGCAUAUAUCGAGGAUUUAAACUUUUGCAUCGCCAUCAGUCACUUGUUAAUUAAUGUAGGAAAAAAGAGACUAAUAUUAAUAAAGUGUAAAGUAUUGUUAUCAAUCAUGCAGGAAAUGGGCAGGUUCAAGAGGAGGGGAAAAAAAUUUAAGGGAGGAAACCUAAUUAUGUGUUGUUAUCCGUUCUACAUAAAUAAUAAAUUGAAAUUUAUUCUUGUUUGUAAGACUUAUGCCCGUAUCGUAAAAUUAGGGAAUUACGAUACAGAGCUAAACAUUAUCCCAAACAAUUUCCGAUAGCCUCAAAGCCAAGGCUUGGGAGAGACUCGGAAAGAGCAAAUUAGUAUAAAUAAAAUUUCAGCUAAGACAAGCGCGUUGAGCAAUAAUUGAGCCAAUAUUAAUGUUGUCGAGGUACAAUAUGAAUGUCUGAUUUAACUGAUCAGGAAG